GCCGUUGUGCACAAUCCAUUGCGCCUUUCAUUGGCAAGGCAAGGCUUGUGUGCUUCGGUCACUUACCGGCAAAUCAGCUGUGUCUGUGUGUCCUAAUUGUUGCUAAUUUUUUUUCGCGUCCGCUGAGCCUCGUUUUCACGUCUGUGUACACUCCUACCUGUCGUCGUGCUUCAAGAUGGAUGUGCAAAGUAAUUAUACGGACUUCUUCGAAGGAACUGAAAAGUUACUGGAGGUUUGGUUCAGUAGGCGCGACGGCAAGGAAGAUAACUGUGACUUGCGGAAGAUCCCGAGAGCUACAUGGGAAUCCCUCCUCAAGUUGGUGAAAUGUGAGAUCAUCAGCUUCAAGAAAAAUGAACACCUGGAUUCGUAUGUGCUUAGUGAAAGCAGCAUGUUUGUGUCCAAGCGCUGCUUUAUCCUCAAGACCUGUGGAUCAACUACUCUGCUCAAUGCUGUAAAGCCAUUGCUGUUCCUCGUGCAGGAACUCACAGGAUUUGAUGCAGUGCUGGACAUCUUCUACUCACGCAAGAACUUUAUGAGGCCGGAACUGCAGGACAAGCCUCACACAAGUUUUGAGGAUGAGGUUGAGGUACUGGAUGAGUUGCUUGGAGAUGGGGCAGCAUAUUGUAUGGGGAGAAUCAACCGUGAUUGCUGGUACCUGUACACCCUGAAUGCUCCUACUGGGUAUGGUGCAAUUCAGGUUCCUGAUCAGACUCUUGAAGUUAUCAUGCAAGAUUUGGACCAAGAUGUGAUGCGGAUCUUCACUCAAGAGGGAAGCAACAACUCCAGGGAGGCCACUGUGAAGUCUGGCAUUGACAAACUCUACCCUAAUGCUAUACUGGAUGAGUUUCUUUUUACGCCUUGCGGCUAUUCUGUCAAUGGAAUCUUGAGAGGGGGGUUCUACUUCACGAUCCACAUCACACCUGAGCCUCAUUGCUCCUAUGUUAGCUUUGAAACCAAUGCUCCUCAGGAUAAUUACCAUGAGUUGGUCACCACCUUGCUCAAGAUGUUCCUGCCAGGGAAAUUCAUCAUGACGUUGUUUGCCAACAAGCUGUCAAUGGCAGCCAAGGGCAUGAAGGAGAACUGCAACACAGAGUUCCGCAGCUACAACAGGAAGGAGUUGCAAGUGUGCCGCUUCAACUCUUACGACCUCACUUACGCACUGUUUGCAAAGGCGCCCAGUUGAGGCCUACAGGGAUGCCUGUCUGGACAUACCUCUCGUACAUUUCUCCUCUUUGGAGUCCUCAGCUAAACAAAGCAUAGAAGAGCCUUGGACAGGCUCUCUCCUUCCUCUCGCGGCUUCGGAGGUCGCGGAGGAACCCGCGGCGACUAGUUGUACGUUGCUGCAUCACAGGCCGGUCACCCGGCGCACGGCAGCGUGAAACAAGUUGCCCACAUCGGUCUCUGCAGACUUGAGAGCAAAGCAGAGGCGAUAACGGAAAAAAAGGCUGCCAGAAAUGUGCCUAUUUCCAGCAUUGAGGCACAACAUGCGAUCAGUCGCAUCAAGUGAUGCGACCGUAGUGUAUAGCGUAGGUUUUGGUAACGUAUGAGAUUUUAUCAGUGUUUUAGCAUGUACUAUACUUGUGUCCCACAUGAAGGGUAUUCUUUAACAAUGAGGUAUGUCCAGACGAGGCUAAACAGUGCAUCUACUCGUCUCAAAAUGUUGAAUGUAUUCUGUAACGGCUCUGUAAAUGGGUAUUCCUAGUGUGGAGUGCCAAAGGGAAUCUUAUUAGCUUUGCUUAAUUUGACACGGCAUAAUGCUUCACAAUAAAGUUUGGUUACGAGCAAGCUA